AUUCCAAUCCAAACCCACCUCUCGCCGCCGCCAUGGCGGCCACCGACGAUUCCGCAGCCGCCGCCGGCGAGGUCCGGCGCCUCCUCGCCCACCUCGACUCCCAGCAGCAGCUCCUCUCCGCCUGCCACGACGCCUGGUCGCGCUCGCUCGCGCACUUCGCCUCGCUCGACGAGGGCCUCGCCGCCCGCUCCGCGUCGCUCGACGAGGCCCUAGCCGCCGCGGACGCCUCCACCUCCGAGUCCCUCGCGGCGCUCGAGGCCCGCGAGGCGGCCGUCCCCGCGCGCCUCACCGAGGCCGAGGCGGCGCUUGCCGCGGCCGUGGCCGAGGCCGAGUCCGCGGAGCCGCCGCCCGCCGACGUCCGGGGCGCGCUCCGGUGGAUGUGCGGCCGCAUGGACGCCGCCGCGCUCUGGCGCUUCAUGUCGGCGCGCAGGCGGGAGCUCGCCACCGUCCGGAAGGAGGUCGGCCCAGCCGUCGCCGCGUCGGUCGACCCGCCCCGCCUCGUGCUCGACGUCCUCAGCGACUUCCUGGGCGCGGAAGAAGGUGCCGGUGAGGACCAGUGCUGGGUGCUCGGCAUACUGCUUCGCUCGUUGUUCGAUUCCGAUGACCGGAAGCCACCGGAGAUAGGAGAUACAUUGGUUGAGAGGGCAGCCGCAGUCGCCAAGGAUUGGUCAGAGCGGUUUGGGAUCAAGAUGGAAUUGUUGGCACCGGAUAGCCAGGAGGUGGAGAUGACAGAAGCGCCUUGCGAGGAGAACCCCGCAGCAACAGAGAAGAGAGAAGAACAUGCAGAUGAGGAAGAAGAGGAGGAAGAGGAGGACCCGGAGGAAAUUGUGCCUGCAUCGGAGGAUGAGGAAGAGGUAGAUGAGGUAGAGAAGGAGGCAGAGGACCCCGAGGAAGUAGAGAAGGAAGGAGGAGAAGCGGAAGCCAAGGUGGAUGAUGCAGCGAAGGCCGGAGAAGUAGAAAAGAGAAAAGUCGAGGGAGAUAAGAAGGCAUCAGGAGGAGAGGCGAAGGAGGGGGAGAAGGGAAAUGGAGGUGAGAAGGGUGAAUUGGGGAAGGCGGAGGCGCAGAUAUUCCUGCAGAUAGUUGCUGCAUUUGGAUUAAAAGAUAGGUAUGAUGUAGAUUUCUUGAGGAGGCUGUUUGUUGAUAAUGGACGGAGGAGGGAACUUGCCAGGAUUGCUUGCAUCCUUGGGUUCGAGGAUAGCCUCAGAGAUGUUAUUGAGGAAUUGAUAAAGUCAGGAAAUGUGAUAGAGGCUAUAUAUAUCAUCCAUGAGGCUGGUUUGCUUGAGCAAUUUCCACCCGUACCUCUUCUUAAGUCUUAUAUAAGGACCUUAACUAACAAGGCUCAGGUUGCACUGAGAAGUGGAAGACAUUCAACCUCUGUUAUGGAAGAGGCAAACAACUCCGAGUGCAAUGCCUACAAGUCCAUCAUCAGGUGCGUCGAGGCGUGCCAACUGACCUCGGUGUUUAACCUCGACGGCAUAAGGAAGAAGGUUGCGAGGAUGGAGAAAGAGAAGGCCGACAGGAGGAAACCAGGCAUGAACAGAUUCCAGAACAAGCGAGCACGGGCCACAUCCGGGCCUCAGCCCUUCCCUCCCUCCAAGUACGCAAGGGGCUCGAGCUCGAGCUAUGCAUCGUCUUUCCGGAACCCAGCUUCCCAUUCCUUCCCUUACACAGACCGUGCCGGGUUUGUCGGACCAGCGCCAGGAGCGCGGCCGCACUUCACACCGGGAAGCUCCAUGGGAAUGCGGCGGGGCAGGGGUAGGGGCGGGGGAGGGGGCGGGGUGCUGUAUGGUGGACCUGGAGCGACAUUUGGAGGCGGCCAUGGUUAUGGCGCUGGUGCUGCUGCUGGGCAGCAAUCUUACCAUCACUAAGAUGUUUCUUUUAGACUGGAUGUUGAUGUUACUGAAUGCUUACUCUUCCUGGCUAAUGCAAUGGAUUACAUGAAGUCACGGACUAGUAAAUUUUGUAGAACACAUGUCCUGUGUUAUGGAUUUGUCUGAAUUUGCAUGAA